UCACAUGUUGUGCCACGCCCAUUUUUACAAACAACAAUCAUUGAUGAACAAGACCCUGUUAGGUACUAGGUGUGAUUGAGCCUGUGGAGCUUCGCUCUAGAUACCCACUAAUGUUCUGUGUGUGUGUGAGUCAGUAGAGCCUGAAGCUGUGGUGGUAGUAGCUGCCCUAGGAUGAGUGGUCCUGCUGACGAUGGCAUGGAUGGCCUCAGUGCCUGUGAGUGUCCAGUCUGUUUCAACUUCCUCAGCGAAUCCCUCCCCCCAAUGUCCAUGCCCUGUGGACACACCCUCUGCUCCGUCUGUGUUCACCAGCUUGUAGCCAAGGCAACGACAACAGGAGGGGGUGCUCCGACCUUUCGCUGUCCCUUGUGUCGAGAAUGGGUGAAUAGAGACUCUGUCACUCUCAACCACACCCUCAGGGAUCUGAUUGCCCAGUUGGCGUCCAUUGGUGUGAGGCCUGGUAGCCCACAGAGUCGGCAAGCUAGAGUGUUGUCUGCCCUCCAUGUGGACUUCAGUGAGAUAGAGAUGGGACCAUCUCUUGACAGGGGGGCCUUUGGGGAGGUCUUCAGAGGUUACUGGAAGGGCAAUGACAUUGCGGUCAAGAUGUUCUCCUCUGGUAUAUUAACACCUGAGGCGAUGCAAGCGUUUCAACGUGAAGUGUUUGUAAUGAACUGUCUGCGUCACCCCAAUGUGGUGCUCCUGAUGGGGGCGUGUCAGACCCCGCCCAGGCUCGCCAUACUUAUGGAGUUUGUGGCCGGAGGGUCACUACAUAAGCUGCUCCAUGUGGAUAAGACGAGUCUCUCAUUGGACCAGGUGUGUUCCCUCGGUUGUGACAUCUGUCGAGGACUCCAGUAUCUUCAUUCCAUCAAUAUUCUCCAUCGGGACCUCAAGAGUAAGAAUGUGCUGUUGUCUGGACCACCCCCCUCUGGACAGGCCAAGCUCUGUGACUUUGGACUAGCCAGAAUGAGACUAGAGUCUGCCACACUCACAGGCAAUGUGGGUACUGUGCACUGGUCUGCACCGGAGGUGUUGGCCAACUCCCGCUACAAGUUCCCAGCAGAUAUGUACAGUUUAGGGAUGGUUCUCUAUGAGAUGUCCUGUGGGUGUGUCCCGUUCUCCUCCAUGAUGCCCGUGGCUGUGAUGAUGGCGGUGGCUGUCAAGAGAGAGAAGCCAGCCAUUCCCUCCUCUGUGGACAAGAGAAUGACCCAGCUCAUCUCAGACUGCAUAGCUUGGGAGCCCAGUGAACGUCCGCCAGUGGCUGAGGUUCUCUCCAGCCUCCACACCAUCACACCCCCUCAUAGCAUCACGCCCACACAAGAACGGCGGGCACAACUAUCACACUCUGACAGUCUGGGGAUUGUGUUUGUGAGUGUUACGGACACGGCUAUCCUCCAUAAUCAAGGGGAAGAUCUGGUGGAUGUGGCCAGGAACAUGGGCAUCCUCCAGCAAGACCAGCGCAAUAUCAACAGGUAUCCAUCAGAGGAGGAUCGAUUGUUAGCACGGGAAAUAGAGCUGGCUGAGAGAGAUGCAAUGGUAGCCAGAGAUGAAGAGCUUGCUCACCAAAUGCAACUCAGGGAGAAUGCUUAUCUGACUCCAAGUGACACAAAAACCAAGAUCUUUCCUCCAAAGAAUGUUCUUGACCUCAUCAAAAAGUCAUCCAAUAAAAGACCACCCCCACCAGCUGUUGAAUUAGCUCCCGACCCUGUUAGGACUACACACACCAAACUUGCUGUACCUAGUACCAAGACCACACCCACUACUAAGUCUAUGAAACACGCCAUCCCUCCAACUGAAGCAGUGCCCUUGAGCAAGAAGACCCCAACUACCGAUUUAAGCUCAUCUUCCAAAAAGACGAAAAAGUUUAGCUUUGGCAAGAAAAAGUCUGCUAAAGAUACCUCAGAUGAACCCUCACCUUUAAAGAGCAAACUGAAAUCGAAAACUAUGAAGUCACCCCUCCAAUCUAAGAAACCACCCCCUCCACAUAUCCCACCACCUCCACCACCACCCCCUCCUCCACCCCUACCCCCUUCACUAACUCCUCGCCCCACACCCUUCACAAAGUCCACCCGCCCCCUCAACAAGGCACGGUACUCUAAACGAGAGAUGCUGAGGGAAAUACGGAGCCAUGGUGAGGUUGUGGCACGGAGUCUGAGACCAGUCGAAACCGUGGAGAAGAAAGCAUUCAGAGUGGGACAUGUUGUUGAUGGAUACUCCAGUGAGCGUGCCCAGUUCACUGUCCAGAAUCUCAUCAGGUCAUUUAACCCGUCGCUCUUGAGACAUGUCGAAGUGGUGGAGCCUACACCCCCUUUCCCCGUCGGACAUGUGGUACACCCGACUAGAGGCCAGAAUGUCAAGCGGCUCUCGUCACUGAUUGAACUGAAGCGCGAUCCCCCACCCGUUAGCUUUUCCAAGAGAGGGACACUCAGCCCGGCCAUAAAAGAAGAGAUAGCCAUGUUCAAAGCACAGUGGCUGAAGCAAGUCAUUCCCCAUAUAAGCAACACUCUGCCAACCAUGGAAGACAUUCUCAAUCAACGUGCAAUCGACAGAGCUGAUGACGUGAACACAGGUCAGUCUGAUGCCAGCAACUCUGCCACACAAUCUGCUCUGCUUGCGCUAAACCCGAAUUUGAAAUUGAAAAUCGUCAGUUUCAACAAGAAAUUAUUACAUCGCGUUACCACGGUGAUCAAGCAGUGGACUCCGACAACAGAAGAUAUUGCCAUGGAGAAGAAGCUAUCACAGAGUGGAGAACCUGCCGACUCAGCACAUCCAGAUGAGGAGCCAAAGACAAAAACGAAUGAACAAUUAGAUGGUUUCUGGUAAUUUUUGAACUCUAUAAUAUUAUUUAUAGUCAAUUUUUAUUGAGGCCUGUUAUAGAAGUUUUCAUUUAGGAUUUUUUUUAAUACCUGUACACACGUGCCCACUGUUAUACGUGCGUUAAUGGCGCAGUGGAAUUUAAACACUUCAUUGCUGUAAUACUAGCAGUUUUUUCAUUAUCGCCCUUUAACCCAACCAAAGGUAUUCUAGCUGUUAA